AUGGAGGUGCAGUUUGACUUAUCACAUUACUACAGGCAGAGGGAAGGAGCCCUGGAACUAUCCCCAAGUCUGCAAUCAUCCGAAGUAUGGACUCCUCUACAAUUACCCCAGCGUAUUACUGUAUCUCCAGACCGAUAUCAAGAGUACCUUGCAAGAUCCCCUUUCACACCAAGACUUCCCUGGGGAAAGGAAAGAGAAUAUGGAGGAAUAGGGCCAGUAUCCCUUCCGGACGACCAUAGACCAAAGGCAGAACCACCGCCAUUAGAUGCCAAGGGACACAAGCACUAUGGCUAUGGAGGAGACCCUUGGCCAAGAGGACUUCCUAUACAGCAAUUCAAUGAAAUAACCCAGCUGAAAAAAAGUGCAGUUCGUGCAAGUGAUGACUUGUAUCCUAAACCACCUGCUGCUUCUAUCAGCGCAAGACAACUAUAUGUGGAUUUCCCAGCAGAACAUCCAUACCAUUCACACAUAUCGAAAUUUGCCAUGUUCCCAAGUUUCAAGUCACCAGAAGAGUCUCUACACUGCGCCUCUCCCCCCGAGCCUGAAAGGCCAUCAAGGCCCUAUACCGCUGUCAUUUUAAAGAAAACAAAAGGAAAUCCAUAUAGACAUGAGGUCAUUUAUAUGCCUCCUGAUUCAGAAAAGGAGCCUUUGAUUUGGCCAGGCCAGCAAGGAUACUUUCAUUUUCCCAAAUUCCAUCUGAAAAAUGGACAGAUAUAUUAUCCCAUGCCCCCCAAAACAGUGGCUCCUAAUGCUUCAGAGAAGCCACCUGAAGAGAGACUCUCUGACAGGACAGCAAAUAUGCAAAAAAAUGUAAUAAAGUCUCAGUGGAUAACAUCAUAUAACCGCAGCUUCACAGGUCGUGGUGAAAUGAAUCCUCUGAAGCUUGAUAAUUAUUAUGAAAAACUUCAUAGCAGAAUCGUAGGACAAUCAGAUGAAAACACAGAACUGAAGCAAGCUUUUCUCUCUGCCAUGCUAUCAGCAAGACCACUGAAAGACCAUAUUGCUGAAAUGAAAGAGGGUCAUCGUAUCUUCGGUGGAAAGGAAGUAGUUCAGAAAGUUGAUGCAGAAGAUGAAAACUCAAAAAGCACCAAACCUAAUUUGUAUGAAGAAAGUGGUACUGGACAGUUUAUCCGUUCCGUAUGGCCUCCUAGAAACGACUGUCAUAUCUCAGAGGUCCCCAGCAACUCCAAGGACUGCACCACACAGCAGGAACCUAAAUGUUACUCACCCCAUAGGAUGCUCACAAGUUUUGGUAAGAUCACAGACACGGAUAAACACAAUGCUUUGUACAGAAGACAGGUUACCCCCAUGCAAUUAGUGACUGAAGAAGAGCUUAAAGCUCCAAAAUCACUCUGUUACCGACCUUUAACAUCAAGAAAACUGAUUGGUGGCUCUGAGACUGGUAUUGAGGAUUCUACUGUUUUAAAGGCUAAUGAAAGCCAAAAUGCAUUGAACUCCUGCAACAAGCAACGUGUUUCGGGAAUACCAGCACCAGGAGAAAUAUCUAGCAAGGAUCUAAAACGGCCACACACAGCCUUUUCAGAGCUCCCAGAAGUGAUCUCUAAAUCAGAAAUGAGCAAGAAUUUUCAUCAAAACUUCCCAGAAAAGGCCAAGGAUCUAAGAGACAAUUAUCAUUCUGGGAAAAAGCACACCUUCUAUGGUUUCCAUUCGUUUUAUUUUCACAAUUAACUAUGCUAAUACGCAAAAAAUAUGAGCAUAUUUAAUUGAAAUGUCUAUAACCCUGCUUCACUUUGAACCUUACUUUAUUCUUCUUUGAGGAAAAAUACAUUUUAAAGACAUAUUAAUGAAUCAAUACAAUCAUGCCAUAGAAAGAGAAUGCCUUCCUGCUGAUGACACAGAGCUUUGUAUUCUUGUGUUAACAGGGACAAUAGGAUUUGUUGUUACAGGUUUUUUUUUU